AUGAAUAAGCGUCGUUCUCAUCGAUUGGGUCGACUGCUGCACCUGCCUAAAGAUGAUGACGCUUUUUUACGUUAUCUUCGGCCUCUUGGUGUGGGAUUUCAUCCGUUUUUGCGGUCCCAACAAUCUCCUACUGCGUCUCCAUUCUUCUCGCUCACCACAUCUGCAGACCUCGGACCCUUGUUUCCUUUGGCCAUCAUUCCAGACGUGGCUGUUUGGACGGUCGCUGCUUUGCACGAUGACGAUGUAGAAGGGUUGAUGCCCACACAGGAGAUGUGCCUCUCUCUUCUUCCUCCGGCAACUCCCAACUUCCUAUGCGAUGCCUUUUAUCUGUCACUCUAUUUUGCUCUCAAUGCCUACCGACAGACAUCAAGGUGGUCAGUAUGGCAACAACAGCAAAUGUCUUUAACCUCAAUGAAUUGCGAUUAUAGACACUGUGCAGUGGAAUUUUUCAGGUUGCUCUCUCAACAAAGUCUAACCCCCCCACUGAACCUUUUCUUGUCGAUGACUGAAUACACCUUGACUCAUUCGUGUCGAUUAUCAAGGGAUGGUACGCAGGUGCAAAGGGAUGGCCCCUUCUUUUCAGUCAUACCUUUGGUUGAUGCGACGCUUUCCACAGACGCCGAGGAGGUGAAUCUCACCCUGGAAAGAUGUAAUGCGGAAUGUGCUCACACGCUGCAAAAGUCAUCUCAUUUUCUCUUUACAAGGCAAAGUCAGCGGGGAGAUUCCGAGAAGGCGGAGUUUUGGGUAUUAAAAACGGCCAAGCACGUUAAAAAGGGAGACCACUUGGCACUGCAACAUAUGUUGUAA